AUGGACACCUCCCUAAACAUAUCAAAUAUAAAUCGAUCAACUGUGAAUUUAAUCUCUGAAAUCAUAGACUCUGUUCCACGCGGUUCUCACUCUUUUCUCUCGUUAUUCAAUGCUUAUAAUCAAGUACUCGACGCGCACGGAAUUGAUCAAAACGAUGAAGUGGAAUUGUAUGAUUUGCUAUUGAAAUUGGGUGUCGUUAGAGGACGCGAUUGGUUUGAAAGGUGGCAAGCUAUUGUGAAUUCUGAGUAUUCCGAGUAUUCUGAGUUUUCUAUUCAUAAUAGUCAUAAUAUCCAUAAUAAUCGCGAUACUGUGUUUUUAGACCAUAGCAGCUCACCCACUUUAUCCAAUUCCUCUCAUUCUCACUCUUCUCACUCUCAUUCCACUUCCACUGCUGCACUGGCUGCUGAUGCUAGACAAACUGACAAGGAAUACCCUCCAAUCCAAUAUGAGCACUCGUCUCAUCGCUCACCUCAAACACUCCAUGCACGCGCAAUGGCUAGUGUUCACGCUCAGACUAAUCGCGUUCGUCAGUCUCAACUAGCACAGAGACGCCAAGAACAUCAGCACCACCAACGCGCUCAACUUGCUCGCAAAAGGGAGCUCGACGAAGCGAGACAGCGAGCGGAUGAAAAUAAAGUCCUUAGAGAAAUGGAAAGCGCUGCUGAUGCUUUGCAUAAUCAAAACAUUCUAACACGCACUUUCAACGCUUGGUUUGGACUGUUUAGGUGGAUUCACGAGAGUAAUGUGAAAGUAGAAACGGUACAACAAUCUCGCAUUCUCAGUACCUUCUUUCAUAAAUGGCAGUAUGCACUCAACAGUCAUGUCUUUGCUGCCACCCACGUUGCAGUGUCGCACGACAAUACCAGAAUAACAAACGAUACCCUCAAACUAUGGAAAAUUCGUCUAAGACACAGACUUCGCCACAGAAAGGAAAAUAGAUUGCGCACGACAUACGUAACUAUACGUAAGGGUAUUGCGAAGAGAUUGAUGGAAAAGGCUUGGCAGCUAUGGCGGCAAGCAACCGAUACGAGGAGGGCAGAUAUGAGGUAUUCGUAUGCGACAAUGAGCGCGCAUUUCAAGCAAUGGAAGCAACGCACCAUACAAGUACUCGAGAAGGACAGUCUUGUUGUUGAAUUGGCUACUAUUGCGAACGAGAGACGAGCAGCGAGGUUUUUGAAUCGCUGGAAACAACGUUGCAUUCUCCAAACCCGAGAAAGACAAUAUGAGGAGAGAUGGCGGGGAGAUGCGACGCGCACAUACUUUGAUGCGUGGAAAUACAGAACUGAUACCAAUAAAGCAGCCGCAGCAUGGCGAGAUGCAUCUGCAGUGCGCACUGCUUUCUACGCCUGGCAGCGGAAAUUGUACACGGUACAGAAAUUCACUGCUCUGGCUGAUACCUUCUCGCAAGAUAGACACGAAGCAAUCAGGAGACAGACUAUACACCAGUGGCAACUCUCGCUCAAGUGCUUCACUUUCCACCUCUCACAUAUGCACACGCUCGGCCAGCUCGUCCUGCAGUACUGGUACAGCAAAAUGCAAGAUGUUCAGGAAAGAGAAUUGGUGGCUGAAGAGUACCAUUUCGUGCACAUCCGGGAGUUGGGUGUAGGUCUGUUCGACAGGUGGAAGUCAAGAUGGGGUGAGGUGCGCGUUAGGAAUGGGCUGGCUGUCGAAUUCAGGCAAGUGAACAGCCAGCAUGUUGCAUUGAAAAAGUGGAUGCGUAACUACCAGCAUAAACGGAUGAUGAACAGACGUGGAUAUGUGCUGCGACGGAUGAUCCAGAAGAAAAAUGCUUUCUAUGGAUGGAGAAUGGCUCUCAGUCGGAAGAGACAGGAAGAGUGGAUAGGCAGACGCGAGCUGACUGUCAAGAAAGACAGCUGGAAUGUGUGGAGAAACAGAUUUGGCGUUCUAUGUGACCUCAGAGCUCGAGAAGACCUUUUCAAAGCUGAGCGCACGCACAAGACACUCACAUCGGCUGUGCUCCAGAAGUGGCUUCAGAGGACUAUUGACAGCCGCGACGUGAUGUAUUCUGCCGACAUGCUGCACGAGCGGAAGAGAAAGAAGUCUGUUAUGCAGCAGUGGCGAGCCAAGAACACAGCCGUGCAGGGUCUGCACAGCGCCGGUGCGGCGUACCGGGAGGCGAAAGAAGAGAACACCCGUCGCGGCAUGCUGGCGAGAUGGCAGCGUCGAACGCAGUUGGGAGUGGAACAGAGCAGAAAGUGUGAGCAAUUCCUCUCACGACGCUUAACGCGCACGAAACGCACAGCAUUCGAGGCGUGGUACGACCAGAUAAAGACACUAGAACUGGAAGCGGUAGAGACGGAGAUGCUGAUACUGCGUCGGGAGCGGAUGCUGCAUGCGGGACUAGCGCGGUGGAUGAGCGUUUGUGCUGCACUACCUGCUGUGCGUCAUUACAAUACCUCUCUCAAGACGCGCACAUUGCGCUUGUGGAAUGCCCAGCUGCCAUCGGCACGUAAUGCUCGGCUAGCUGCUCAUAUCAGUCGCAGAGAGUCGCUCACCAAGUGGCUCGGCAUGUGGAGAGAUAACGUACAGAUUAAACGCUCCAGACGCGCCAUUGCACGCGCUAGGACUCUCGGGAAAAGGCCAUCGGCGAGUAGACUGAAACAGGCGGCGGCGAGAGCGGAAGCGAGCGCGACACCGUCGCCUGAGCUGGGAAUACGGAGGCCGUUUAGCAGAGUAAAUCGAGUGUAUUGA